UGUAAUGUAAUUUGCCUCCUAUCCUGGAAAAUGGUUCCGGUACUGCGUAAAUGCCCGCUUCGCUUCGAGUUUGUUUUGUACUUUUCUCUUCACUUUCUGAAAUUCCCAAAAGACCUCCUCUUCUCGAGCGGAACCGACCCAAGGUUAAGCCUUCUACUACUGAGUACGCAGCGCCAACAGUGCGAGAACUUUGCACGGAAUAGGAUCCACGGAACGGCCGGCAGCCAGACUUUGACCGGCCCUAGGUCGAGGAUCCGAAGUUGAACUUGCUCCAAGUGAGUGGCUCGCCUAGGCCCCCUCUGGGUGCUAAUGGAUACUUGACAGCUGCACUGCAAAAGUUAAUAGGGGGAUUUUUGUGGACGACCAAAAGCCCCCUCAUCCACUACUACAUAUUUAAAAUACUACUUCCUCAGAUUACUUCCUCCCUCGUUGCCCCCCGCCUCGUUGCCAAAUGAGAUAGUCCUGUUUAUACUUAUAUCAUCGUACCUGCCUUUUCUUUUUUCUUUUCGUUUCGGAAUCCCCGUGUACCUAUACGUAUAUGUAUAUGACUCCCUUCUCGAUCCACCUUUCAAUAGCCCGGCCAUUCCAGACUUAUCGCCGCAAUGGCUUCUCCCGUUGAGUUUGAGAUCUCACCAAACCCUCGUACUCGUGAGGAAAACCAAGAACGAGCAUUCAUUGCUGCCUCUCGGCGGAAAGAUCGGAGCCUCGAUGCCCGUCUAGAAUCUGCCAACCGUGCGUCUCAGCUGCACAAGCAACGGACUGGCAAAGCUCUCCUGAUUACCCGGGAAAUUGUCGAAAAAGAGGCCAUGUACGAAGAAGUAGAUGACCGCUACAAGGAGAAACUACAACGCAUGCUGGAAGCUCAGAACAUGCAAAUCAACAACCAAUUCCAGCAAAACCUCCUCGCUACGUUGGCCAUGCGACCCGGCCUGCAGCAUCGUCGUGCCUCCAUGAUGGCGCAGCGCGGCCCCAUGGACGGGGUCCGCAAAAUGAGCUUGGACCUGUCGAGCAUUCGCAGCUCCUUCUCCGAGGGCAUGCGUGGGAGUCCGAUCACCAGUCCUAUGGCCAUGACCGGCAACCAAAGCUACGUGAUGUCGCCUUCGUACGAAGGAAACUCACAUUCCCCCUCCUCAUUCCAUCCUAACGUGGUGCCCGCCUCGUCGGGUCCAAUGCCAUCCUACAUUGCUCAUCAUUCGACCCCCACAUGGCCCGCACACAUCGGCCCGCAGCACGUUCGAUCGCCUUGGGCUGGGUUUAACCCUGGGGACAUGAACAUGCCUGUGCGCCAAUUCCGAGACCGUCUGGGUUCUGCACCGGUUAUUCCCGUGCACGCGAUCCCUUCCAGUGCCGCAUACCGACCGACUCCCACCCCUCAACACAGUCGCAACCGCUCCGAACCAGGGCAAACGCCUUUCCAACGGAUGCCGUCUCACACUCCCUCCGUCGAGAACACGCCGAGGGUGGAGACUCGCAUCGACGGUCUUCCCAGUGAAACCUUGCCAACGACCCUACCGACUCCCGAUCUCUGCCCCACCCCCAGCACGCCCCACUCGCCCACCUCCACUGCCAAACACAGUGACGUUGCCUUCGACACCCUGGACACCAAGGAAUCAGACUGCGUCUCCUUCUCGCAGCCGUUCCUGGACCAGGACUUCGUCGACUUCCAGGGCCUCUCUUUCUCCUUGGGUAGUCACCCAACCAUCCCCUCGUUCGACAACACCCUGCACCAUCCGGAAACCGAAUGGAAGCCGGACGAGGUGGUCCAAAUGGACGACUGGCUCGUCGGUGCAUGAUCCUCGCAUCCGCAUGUCUUGUCUUUUAGCUAGCUGCGGUUUUUUUUUU